CGUCAUCCGAUGUUCUGGAAGAUUAAUAACUCCUACUAGUAAAGUGAGUUAAAAACUCCGAUCCUCCACCUUUCCACGGGUCCAGUGCAACCUCAAUCCACCACCACCAUGUCAUUCUCCUCAAUACCCAGCAGGCUAUUGCUGCGAUCGAAAUGCUGCACCCACCAGAUCCGCAACUAUACACUCAAGUCAAAGCCAAUAAGACCGAAUACACUCUCGCCUCUCCAAACCUCUGGGCUCAGAGCGUUCCACAAGUCGUUUACCCCGCGGACCGUUGCAAUUCCUAAGACUGGGGAAUCACCACUCCCGGGGCUUGCCGAUUCUCUUGCCCGCCCCACCAAGGCUAUCCAUAGAUCAUGGCCGGAAAUCAGCGAUAAGAAGGUUGGAUACUGGUUGGUGGGGUCGGCCGGAUUGGUCUUUGGAAUUGUGGUCCUAGGGGGUCUUACACGACUUACCGAGUCAGGACUCUCGAUCACAGAAUGGAAGCCCGUAACAGGCUCGCUGCCACCCCUCUCGCACGAUGACUGGAUGGACAACUUCAACAAAUACAAAGACUCCCCCGAAUACCGGAUUCUGAACCCGAACAUGACACUUGACGAGUACAAGUUCAUCUACUUCAUGGAGUGGGGCCACCGGCUGUGGGGGCGCGCAAUCGGCCUGACAUUUGUCCUCCCGGCCAUCUACUUCACCGCACGCCGCCGCGUCACUCUCAAGACAGCGCUCAAGCUCCUCGGAAUCUCGGGCAUGAUCGGCUUCCAGGGCUUCAUCGGCUGGUGGAUGGUCAAAUCCGGACUCCGCGACGACCUCUUCGCCAAGCCCGGUUCGCACCCCCGCGUCUCGCAGUACCGUCUCACCGCGCACCUAGGCGCCGCAUUCACCGUCUACGCGGCCAUGCUCUGGUGCGGUCUCGACAUCCUGCGUGAAAACCGCCUCCUCAAGAACCCUGCCGACGCACUAGCGCACGUCAAAUCCCUCAGCGCGCCACAAAUCCGUGUGUUCCGCGGCCUCGUCGGGCUCCUUGUCGCCAUGGUCUUCACCACCGCCAUGACUGGCGGUCUCGUCGCUGGCCUCGACGCGGGCCUCAUCUACAACGAGUUCCCAAAGAUGGGCACGGGGUACAUGCCGCCGACGAAAGAGAUGAUGGACCCGUUCUACUCGCACACGGCCGACGGCUCAGACCUUUGGUGGCGCAACCUUCUGGAGAACCCCACGACCGUGCAGUUCCAGCACCGUGUGAUGGCGCUCAGCACGUUCACCGCCAUCAUGGCUGUCUUUGCCUACUCCCGCUUCAAUCCGCGCGUCGCAGCUGCCAUGCCAAAAAAGGUUAGGGUCGGCAUGAUGGGCGUCGUUCACCUCGCCUCCCUGCAGGUCCUGCUGGGUAUCGGCACCCUGAUCUAUAUGGUCCCUACCCACCUGGCGGCUACGCAUCAGGCGGGCGCCCUCGCGCUGCUCACGGGAUCCAUCGUCCUGGGCCACAGGGUGUGGCUCCCACGUACUGCUGCGAGGAUUGCGGCGCAGAGGAUCGAGGCCGCGGCGGUGAAGGGCGCGGCGAGAAGGAGGUAGAAUAGACUGGAGUAGGUAGUCGUUGUAUGGUAUGUUUAUUGGGUGUGCUUUGGUUUUCUUCGGGGUUUCGUUUGCAAAUGGUGGGUUUCGUUCGGGGGUUCGUUUGCAAGUUUUGGUGCGUGUAUAUAUGUUGUGCAUUUAAACUUACAAGUUUCUACAUACGUCUGUGGAUUGUUUGAAUAUAAAUACCCCCCUCUCAAAUGGUCGUGUUGCUUCGGGAAGACGGUGGGAUAUGCCGGUGGAUAGGUCGGUGAUUAUAAGUCAGGACUCAAGCCUGCAAAUGUAACCAAGAUCUUUUCUGGUUGAUAUUCAAUUGCAAUACUG